UAUUUUUAUAGCUAAACUCAUAUAAAUGAACGAUAACACUGAAACAGGAGGUUCUUGACGAAGCUAUGUGAGAGAAGUACCUAAGAUAUCGACUCCGGUGGCUACAUUUUCUAUUAUAAGUGUAACCUUAGGAGCAGGAAUGAUCUCCUUACCGUUCUCAGCAUUUCACACCGGUAUUCCAUUUGCUUUGAUUUACAACUGAUUCAAUUGAGUUGCUUGAAUCUACUCGAUCCAUCUUUACAUUAAAUGAGCAGAAGUAACUCAUUGAAAUUCGAUCUCUAGGAUUGGAUUUGAAGUAUGGGGCAGAUUCGCUUUAUAUCUAAUAAACUUCAUGCAAAUAAUUUCGAAAGGAUUCUUGCCUAUCGCAUACUUAAUAAUCUUUCAAAAAUUGCUAUGCUCAUUACUCUGCGAAAUUGAGUGGGUAAAAACAGACGGUAACGACACUAUUGGAGGCCGAUGGUUCAGCAUGCUUGUGGCUUCAAUAAUAAUGUUUCCACUCAUUUUGAGAAAGAAAAUAAUUUAGCUUGAAAGUAUCUGGGAUUCUUCUAUUCUCUUCUGUAAUAUUAUUUAUCAUUCUCAUGUUUGUUUCUGUCAUGUAUGGCCGAGAAAUUAAGGAAAAAGACAUAGAAAUUGAUCCAAAAGAGUUAUACAAGUUUACACUUGGAAAAGAAUUUUGGAGUUCACUCUCAACUCCAUUUGUAGCCUAUGAAUUCCAGACAAGUUUCUUUCCUAUUUUCAACAGUUUAAGGGAGAAAAACUACCAGCAAGGAAUCAAGUUUGUAUCCUACGGCAUGGGAUUCUGACUUAUUGUGUAUAUCCUCAUGAUCUUCGUGUCCCUAUACAGCUUUGGAAAUCAGAUUCAAGGAAAUGUUUUGGUGAAUAUUGGCAAUGUGAAGUCAUGGGAACCAUACGUCAUUCGUAUUUUAUUUCUGUUUGUGGUAAUCAACCAUCUUCCUUUUGUGUUCAUGAUUGGCAAGGAAUCUUUGUUGGCAAUAAUAGCUUUAUUUUCGAUCAGAGGAGAGACUCAGAAGGAGAUUAAUAGUAGCGUCAUUAUUGAUGAAAACCAAGGAGAGAUAAAUGUCCAAAACAGAACAAGUGAUAGACAAGCACUGUUCUUUUCCUUUGAUGACGAAGGUGAAUCUAAUACAUUCUCGAAUGCUACAACUUGACAGAGGAAGAUGGGAGCUUUUGAUCAACUAAUUUCUAAUGGAGUUGAUAAAAGUGUAUCGAUGGCAUUGCCUUUCUCUAAGAAAGAAAGAGAAGAAGUAACUAUCACAGGCCCAUUAGCUGACCAAGAAAUUAACUUUGAAACUGGGUCUGACUUUCUCAGAAACCUAGUUUAUUAUUCAGUCACUAUAUUCUUCUAUGCUUGAUUAGUAUUCGCUGCAUACAUAAUCAAAGAUGUUGAAGUAGUCCUUAGCUUUGUAGGGUCAAUUUCAUUUUCUUUCUUGAACUUCACUAUUCCUGGGCUGUUUUAUUUCAUCAUAAUGCGGAAGCACCAGGUGAACAACAGUAAGCUAAGCCUGAGCCUGGCCCUGCUACUUUCCUUGUACGGCCUUGUAGCUGGUAUAGUGUUGACUGCAAUAAAUUUAUGGAUUUUGAUAUCCCCGGUAGAGGACUAGGCUGAUAAAUAAUUGUUUUUAACAUCUUAGUAGGUUUCAG